AGAAAUCAAAAAAAGUUGCUUUAGCCUUUUUACUGCCCUUUUUAUAAAUGUCUCUUUUAGUGAGCUGAAUCAGGUUUUAUCCCAAAUAGCCCGAGUUCAUUUAGUUACAUGGCCCUUCCCUCGCCAUCUUAGACAGUAGCAAAGAGAACAAAAUGAAAUCGAUGGGAUGACGAUUUGCAUAUUUGUUGAUUGUUCUUCCGAGGAGAAUGCCAAGCUGUGUCUAAAAAAAAAAAAUCUUGAUUUUUUUGAUUAUUUUUUUUUCUUUCCGGGUUCAAGCUCUUCAUUUAAUUGGCGAUAAAUUGAAAAACAGAAGAAAUGGAACAAAACAUAUCAUUCAUUUAUGAAUGCGUGCACUUAAAGGGUUGCUCGUCUUUGGUUUUUUUUCUUUUUGCUUUCUUUUUUUCUUAAGCUUCCUUUUUCUCACCAAGAAGUCUUACCGCUAUUCCAUCCCGUCUAUUAUAGAAAUCACAUAUAAACCACCCAUUUUUUUGACGAUGAGCAUUCUUUAUCACCAUUUUGCAAUGCAUUCUCCAACCACUACUUCCACUACAGCAACUCAAAAUAACGAACUGAUUGAUGAACGGUUUGAUCUGUUCAUUGACAGUCAUCCUCGAGAUGGCAACAUCACUCUAAAAGACAGAAGGGCCAUGACAUCCUCUGUGGCCAAUGCUACGACAAAUAGCAGCAGUUUUGUAGCUUACAACAAUCACAACGAGAUCAAAAAUACCUACAACAACAACAACAACAACAACAAUUUUUAUCCAUUGGUGGUGGACAAAGAAAAAAUAGGAGGUGGAGCUGACACCGCAUGCUUUAAAGAAGAUCUGGGCGACUAUUUCCCCGCCAUAAGGAUACAACCUGCCACUCCUCUUCCUACGACUGUUCCUCACGAUUCAACAACACCAAAAGAAGAAUCAGACAAUGACUAUUUUAAUAAUGCUACAGACAACAAUAACUCUAUUGAUGAAGUGAUUCAAAUUGAAUCCGUCACUGUCUCUGCUUCGAAAAAGGAAUCUACAAGCACUGCUAGCAGGAGUUGGGACGACAUUUAUACUCAUGGCUGUGCUCCACCAAGGAAUUUAGAAGAAUAUCAUUCAGGACUUGUGGAACAUUAUCUGGACAGGUUGCUCAGCAUCACGUCUGCCACAGACACUGUCGAUAGUAUUCAUGCAACGCUACCACAGGUGUAUAAAGACUAUCUGGAGUCGAUCCAUCAAUAUUGUAUGUAAAUAGAGUAUUUUUUAUAAUGCAGCAGCUGAGGGAGAACACAAACACGACGAGAUUGAAAUGGGUCACCAUGACGUCCCUCGUCUUGUACGUCAGCCAAAGCAUUGUAAAGUGCGACCGUUUAGCAAGCAGCAUUGGGAGCUCUUCUGACACACACCCGGUCGACACUAAGAUACGACGACGAUUGCUGCUGUUACUUUCUAUUGAAGGUGUGCGGCGAUUCGCUUCAUAUACCCCCCCCCUCCCGUCCAUCUCUAUUUUUUUUUUGGAUUUUUUGCGGCAAAACAUCAUUUGUAUUCUAAUUGCUACUAUAUAUGUAUAUCUUGUAAACCAUCGUGGUCGCUUAUGUAAAUUUCUUUUUUCUUUUUUGUCUAUCACCUUCAAAGAAAUAAUAAACUCUUUGCUUUACCCGUCCUUUGUUCCUUAUCCAUUUACCUUGCCCCUUUUUGGCUGAAAUUGUUAUUCCGCUG